AUGCCCAAAACGCUUACAUUGAGCUUGAGGAAGAGUGCAGGGAGCUUGGUGGGCAAGUCGAGCUUCGACAAGCCAGGAACCAUCACGUUGUACGAUAACCAUAUGAGCUCUGCCGAAACCAAGCACUACGAGCUGGAAGGCGCCAUUGCAGGCCACAAUGUUCAGGACAUACCAGGCCGGGUGAUAGUGCAGCGACCAUGGAUCGCCAUGUCACAGUCGACUCGUGUGUAUUGCAGCAUAACAAGGAGGGUGACCUGGUACGUCUGCGGAAUGAAUGGAUGGGCUGGGCUGGAUGUGCACUGA